AUGGAGAAAGAAAUCAAGAUUCUAGUUCUCAUAAUCGGUGCAGGACCAGCCGGUUUAGCAACAUCAGCUUGUCUUAACCGGUUGAAGAUACCGAACAUAGUGUUGGAAAGAGAAGAUUGCAAUGCCUCUCUAUGGAAAAGAAGGUCUUACGAUCGUCUCAAGCUUCACCUCGCAAAGCAAUUCUGUCAGUUACCUCACAUGCCAUUCCCUCUCAAUGCACCUACCUUCAUCUCCAAGGUAGGUUUCAUCAAUUACCUUGACGCAUACGCCACACGUUUCAACAUAAACCCUAGGUACAACCGAGACGUCAAAUCAGGGUAUAUCAAAGGUGGAAGAUGGAUCGUGGAAGUAGAGAACAAGUCGGCGAUAGCUUCUAGAGAAAUUUACUCGGCGAAGUACAUGGUUGUUGCGACAGGAGAGAACGGCGAAGGUGUGAUUCCGGAGAUUCCAGGGCUUGUAGAUAGCUUUGAAGGAGAUUAUUUGCAUUCCAGUAAAUACAAAAACGGCAAAAAAUUCGCCGGAAAAGAUGUUUUAGUCGUCGGAAGUGGAAAUUCCGGCAUGGAGAUUGCCUACGAUUUGUCUAAAUGGAACGCUAAAGUCUCCAUCGUUGUUCGUAGUCCGGUGCAUGUUCUAACGAGAGGGAUCGUACGGAUCGGAAUGUGGCUGCUUCGAUUCUUCCCGGUAAAAUUAGUUGACCGUUGGUGCCUCUUACUCGCGGAGCUGAGGUUUGGGAGUAUUUCGAGAUAUGGGCUUAUACGGCCCAAUAAAGGCCCAUUUAUGAACAAGGUUCUCACCGGGCGAUCACCUACCAUCGACGUCGGUUGCGUGGGCGAGAUUAAGUCCGGCAAGAUUCAGGUUGUUCCGUCGAUUAAGAGUAUAGAAGGGAAGAGAGUUGAGUUCGUCGAUGGAAACAUCAAAAUCAUCGACUCUAUCAUCUUCGCAACUGGUUACAAAAGCAGUGUUUCGAAAUGGCUUCAGGUUAAUGAUGGAGAUCUGUUCAACGAGAAUGGAAUGCCGAAACGCGAGUUUCCGAAUCACUGGAAAGGGAAGAACGGUUUGUACUGCGUUGGAUUUGGGAGACAAGGGUUGGCUGGUAUUUCAAGAGAUGCUCAGAACAUUGCUAGAGACAUCGAUUCUCUUGUUUGUCGGAGAAGCAGCAGCCUGAACAAGCUAAAUGAGAGAACUUUUUUUGAGUUUUGA